GUGCCUGUGAACUGCCAUAACAUAUCUGCAUGUCGACUCGUAUUCGUUACUAGCUUGUCCCUAUAAACAGCCUCGGUUCGGUGUAUAUGAACCCCUCGUACAUGGUACCUCAUCGACGUCUGCACCCAAGAGCUUCAAAUGCAAAAUCGUUCCGCUCGCCCUCAACACCAUCAUCCAGCCCUUUGACUUCAUUCGCGCUCACGGUACUAUGUUAGAAAAGAUCUAUGUCGUUCGACAUGGAUAUCGCUCCAACUGGGUCGUCAACUCGACUACUGGCGAAUACACCUCCAGUGUACGCACACCCACGGGCAUUGCCGCCGACCCACCUCUCGCCGGCUACGGCGAGAUCCAAGCCCGCGAGCUUGCCACGCACCUCACCAGCAUCCAACCUCCCGUCGACGUGAUAUUCUCCUCGCCAUACUACCGGUGUCUCCAGACGCUCUCGCCCACAGUCACAUCUCUUCGCAAAUCAAGGCAACAAGACGUUCGCGUGCGCAUCGAGCAUGGUCUCGCAGAAUUCUUCGGCCGCGCCCACUUCACCCAUCCACGACCCGCGGCACUCGACGUCUUGAGCACACACUUCGACUUCAUCGACCAUGGGCACACGAAGUUCAUUGAGAGUAGUGUGUAUGGCGAGAGCAUAGAGGCGCUGCAUGCGCGGCUGGCGUAUACCUUGCAUAGGCUGAUUGAGAUGCUCGAUGCUGAGCAAGGUGCGCCGCGCACGCUGCUGAUUUGUAGCCAUGCCGCGAGUAUGAUUGCGAUGGGGCGGGUGCUGACGGGGCGUAUGCCGGAGGAUCCGAAUGAGGAGGACUUUCGGGUGGGAACUUGUAGCUUGAGUGUUUAUGAGCGACGGGCAGGGCAGGGACAGGAAGGGGUCGAAACGUGGGAUGAGAGUCGACCGGAGGCUGUGCCGGAGUUGGACUGGCAGAGAGGUAAAGGAGUCGGUGGAGGGUGGAAUUGUGUUGCAAAUGGAGAUUGUAGUUUCUUACAAGGGGGCGAGGAGAAGACAUGGAGGUUUUCAGGGGACGAGAGUUUUCUGAAGGAUCCUAAUGCGUAUAACGAGAAGAUGAACCAGGAAAAAGAAAAGGCAACGGGAGCUUCAAGACUAUAGAGGCAUGCUUUAAAGAUAGAACACUCAGGCAAUGAUACCCAGUAUACAUUUCACGAU